AUGGCCUCCACGGUUUCAUGGCGGCAUCACUUGCAUGUAGAUGCUGACAGCUCGCAGAAUGGCAUGUCGAGUCAUGACAGUAGACGGCUAGACUUGGUCCAUGACUCUGCUGAUAUACUUGGCUCAUCUACUUCCAACUCGACAAACCAUUACUCCUCCGACCUUGUAGGCCAUUUUAAACGGUUUACAACGCGGCGUAUUGAAGGUUGGAAGUAUCCAUCCACCUUUACCGAAGGUCCUAAUCAUGACCAUGCCAGCAGAUACUAUGUCGAGAAAGAGCCCUGUAACGUAGUAGACUAUCUCAAGUCUCGUGAGAUGAUAGCCUCUCAUAGAAAUCGUCCUCAAUACCGACAUAGGCCAACCAUGGAUGCUAUUACAAUAGAUGCCAGGUCAGAUCCAAUCACCAUACGAUGUCCUGAUUGUAAAUGUCCUCGAUACUCUGGUGUUGGAAGUGUACCAGUCUCUCGCUGCCAUUCUCCAUCUCCUCAAGUCAAUGCUAACUCGUCAGUAGAACCAGAGUGCCUCGAGUUUCCACCAAAAACUCAGUCAACCUCGCCCAUAUAUGCUGGGGUGGACUGGGCAUCUAUAGUCAAGCCAUUGACAGGUGCGCUAUGGCCUGUCUUGGAUAUACCAUCCACAAUCGUACAGACUCCAUCUCCCAUCAACUCCCUCUCAGAUUCUCGUUCAGACUGUCUUGAUUUGCAAAAAGAUCUUGACAUGCCAUUCGAGUUGGACAAUAUACCUCCAAGCAGUCCAUCUGAUGAAGGCUCAACCACAUCUACACAUGGUGACUUUUCGUCGCUAUUGCUGAUGGAGAGACCCAGUUUUGUUUCGAAUUCUGCUGCCGACAAAAAACUACGAUGUGCAACAUGUUCAGCACAAAUGCGUUUGGGAAUGCAUGAAAACUUUAUGUCUGCAGGUGAAAGCAGACUGUCAUCUUUUGUUACUCGGCACUUGCCAGUUGCCUUGUCAGAAUCUGCGUUUUUGAUGGAGAAUACUGACAAAAUCUUUGCCUCUGCAUGGCUUUCGGAUUCGUCCGUUGUACUGGGAACAAAAUGCAAUAAGCUGCAAGUGCUUGAUGUAGAUUCAGGAAAACGGAUAGAUAUUCCCACAUUUGCUGCUUGCAAUCUCAUUCCACAAUCCAAGUCAUCCCAAGAAACCGCGUCCAAUUCUGCGCGUGGUUUAUAUCAGCCAUUCAGCACUUUAUCGUUACAGCAACAACGACCAUUACAGUCUGCUGCUUUGCAUCACUGUGCCGGAAUUCAUUCCAUAUCAAUCAAUCCAUCAAACACUCUUAUAGCUGUUGGUGGUGGUGAUCCAACCAAUCUUGUGCAAAUCUACCAUCUACCUACAUUUGAACCUUAUGCGCUACUAAAGGGUCAUACCGAUGUGGUAUUUUCUGUAGCAUGGUUGGACGAUACAACACUUGUUUCUGGAUCCAGGGAUGCACAGUUUAUGCACUGGUCACUGAAUUCAUUGCAUAUCUCAGACUCACUUUACCAAUAUCCCUUGAAUCACUUUGUUUCCGUCUAUUCUCCAUUGUCCAUGAAAAAAGAACACAUGGGAAAAGUUAGGGAUCUCAAGUAUGACCAUCACUUGAAACAUGCUUUUACUCUUUCAUCUGAUGGAUUUGUAAAGGUCUGGGAUGUAGCAGGUACAUCGUGUAAAGUGUCGUCAUCCAUACCCCUGCAUCAUUCAAAUGAAACAGUAUGCCUUGCCCUUGACACUACACACCAUCUCAUAGCUGUUGGAUCUCAAAACCAUGUAUCUCUGCUUGAUCCUCGCAUUGGCUCUGUGGUUCACAUGUUUGAAUCGAGCGAUGAAGGUUGGGGCGUGAGAUCACUAUGUAUGGAUCGCGAUACAGUCACUGUAGGUGGAGGAUUGGGACGAAUCUCGUUUUAUGACUUGCGUGCACAAAAGUACUUGUCAUGGCGUAAAUCGACUGUCUGGAAUAAACAUAGCACAUUGUGUACUCGCGCCUUUUCCCGCACUUUGGCGCCGUUCAAUGACCAUCUUCCAGUAAACAGUCCUGAACUGCAUGGACUUGAUUUUGAACUUUCCACACAGAUAUUCUCUCAUGUUGGCACUCGUACCCACCCUACCCUUCAACAAUACACGCAAUCUUGCCAACCUGAUUUUACCCAGCCCAACCAUUCCUAUCUUCAAUCAGGAAAAGGAUGGCUGCAUAGAGACGAGAUUUAUACAACCCAUUUUCAGGGCGUAGAUAUAUCUAAUGCCGUAUAUACUCUAUCCUACAACUCCAAGGGAAAUCGGCUGUUUACUGCUGGUGGUCCUCUUCAACUUAAUCUGCGUGGAUCUUAUGCUGGUGUUUGGCAGUAACUUUUAUCUAAAAUAAUAUUUUAAACACCUU